GGUGAAUCGACGCUAUUUAAUUGCGAUGCUUUCGGGCGCAUUCAACAGCUUCGUCAGACGCAAGGUGCAGCUUCAUUUUGCUCGGGUAGUGGUCAUUUAAUUAAAAAGCACCAUGGUUUCGCAGCUGGAAAAUGCAAUGGAAAGCCUGAUUAAAGUCUUCCACACAUACUCUUCUAAAGAAGGAGACAAAUACAAGCUGAGCAAAGCAGAGCUCAAAAGCUUGCUUCAAGGAGAGCUCAAUGACUUUUUAACAGCGAGUAAAGACCCCAUGGUCGUGGAGAAGAUCAUGUCUGAUUUGGACGAGAAUCGAGAUGGGGAGGUGGACUUCCAGGAGUUUGUUGUGUUGGUUGCUGCCCUCACAGUGGCAUGUAAUGAAUUCUUUGUAGAAAGCAUGAAGAAUUAAAUGUCUUCACUUUCACAAGUGAAUGUCUUGCCAUUUGAAUGAGACUAUUUGUAACUUGCUAUUUAUGAGAAAUAAAGGCUCUGCAUGUGACUUAAGAAAAUGUGUAUGGAAAGUAAAA